AUGGAAUAUAUGACUGAAAAUAUCGAACCAACAACCACAGCAGGAAAAAUUCUAUGCUGUCAAUGUGGAGUUCUGAUUGAACCAAAUGCAUUGAAUAUGUGUAAUGGAUGUAUGCAAACUCAAAUUGAUAUAACAGAACAAAUUCCUAAGCAAGGUCAAUUACAAAUGUGUAACAAAUGUAUUCGUUACCUACAACCGCCGAAUACAUGGAUAAGCGCUCAGCUAGAAUCUCGAGAGCUACUAACUGUGUGUUUAAAACGAAUUAAAGGAUUGAAUAAAGAGGUACGUUUAAUUGAUGCUGGUUUCAUUUGGACUGAACCUCACUCGAAACGUAUCAAAGUGAAACUAACUGUUCAGAAAGAAGUUGCUCAAGGCGCGAUACUUCAACAAACGUUUGUAGUCGAAUUUACGAUAUUCAAUCAAAUAUGCGAUGAUUGUCAGCGAAUUGAAGCUAAAGACUACUGGAAAGCGCUUGUACAAGUCCGACAACGGACUUCGCAUAAGAAGACGUUCUUUUACCUUGAACAACUAAUAUUAAAACACAAUGCGCAUGCAGAUGCAUCGAAUAUCAAACAGGUAAACGGUGGCUUAGACUUUUACUAUGCAGAACAAAACAGUGCAAGAAAAUUAGUUGAUUUUCUUAUGUGUGUUGUGCCAUGCAGAUUUGAAACAUCGAAACGAUUGAUUUCACAUGAUAUUCAUAGUAAUAUUUAUAAUUAUAAAUAUACAACAGUUGUAGAGAUCGUACCGGUUUGCAAGGAUGAUAUUGUUUGUCUAUCGAAAAAACAAUCGAAACAAUUGGGUAACAUUGGCCCGUUGUGUAUCUGUUCACGUGUUACACAAAAUAUCUAUCUGAUCGAUCCAGGAACAUUGAAAGUUGCACCAAUCUCAGCGAAUGACUAUUGGCGAUCGCCAUUUACUGCUCUGUGUGAUUCUAAACAUCUAGUUGAAUACAUUGUCUGCGAUGUCAAUGCACUCGAUGCAGAUUCCAAACCACAUGUUUAUGGAAAAGAGUCACAAAAGCACGCAUUGGCUGAAGUCUACGUAAUGAAAGCAUCGGAAAUCGGUAUUGUUGAUAAACAAUACUCAACAAUCAGCCAUCUCGGCCAUAUUUUACAUCCCGGGGAUACAGUGAUGGGAUUCGAUUUGCAGAACAGCAAUGUUAGUGAUUCGAGUUUAGAUCAAUAUGAUCUCGAACAACUAGCUGAUGUGGUUCUUGUCAAGAAAGUAUAUGCGGACAAGAGUGUGCGAAAUCGAAGACGUCAAUGGAAAUUAAAACACAUGGAUGUCGAAGAUGUUGCCAGUGUCAACAGUACUAUCGAUCGGGAUUAUACCGAAUUUCUUGAAGAUCUUGAAGAAGAUCCUGUUCUCCGACAGAAUGUCAACGUCUACAAAGAUGAACGAAAAAUAAAUCAAGCUGGCAAUUCGAUGGAAAAUGAAGCAGCUAACGAUGAUGAUAUUCCUCGUAUAGGUCUUGAUGAGAUGCUUGCUGAUAUGACGAUGGAAGAUUCCGAUAAAAUGGACGCAUAA